GCCUCCACACACCGGGGCCGCCGCCGCGGAGCCUCAUGGGGGUUGGAGUCCCCAAGGUUUCCUUUGUGCGCAGUAUUGGCGGGGCCUUGGACUACCACUCCCACAAGGCACCGCGCCCGCCUCCCGCGCCACGCCCCCUCGCCGCUGGCUUCCAGUCGCCACCCAGACUACAUUUCCCGAUAGGCCUCACGGCUCUCCCGCCCUCCCUCCGGAGACACGAGCCGAACUGGGCGUCAGGUCGGGGAGCCGGUCGGGUUCCCGCUCACCGCCGCCGCCGCCGCCCCCUGCAGCCACUCUCCCGCCUCUACCGCCGCGGGAGCUGCAUCGUCCACUCCGCUCGGCGGUGGAACCGCCAGUCCGGGGUCACAGAGCUUGAGAAGCGACGCGCUGAGCCCCCCAUCACCUCCAGCCCGGGCGACCCCUCCCGGGUCCGCCCUCGCCCUGCGCAGCCGCCCGAGCCCCCAGCCCCGGGCGGCCCCGCUCCAGCAUCCCAGCCCCUGCACUCUCGCAGCCGCCGCCGCCCCCCGCCCGGAACAUGGACUCUGACUCUUGCGCCGCCGCCUUCCACCCGGAGGAAUACUCCCCCAGUUGCAAGAGGCGCAGGACCGUGGAAGACUUCAACAAAUUCUGCACCUUUGUCUUGGCUUAUGCUGGCUACAUCCCUUAUCCGAAGGAGGAACUCCCUUUAAGGAGCAGCCCCAGCCCUGCUAACAGCACUGCUGGUACCAUUGACAGCGACGGCUGGGACGCGGGUUUCUCAGACAUCGCGUCCUCAGUGCCCUUGCCAGUCUCUGACCGCUGCUUUAGCCACCUGCAGCCCACUCUCUUGCAGCGAGCCAAGCCCAGUAACUUCCUGCUGGACAGAAAGAAAACGGACAAGCUGAAGAAGAAGAAGAAGAGGAAGCGCAGGGACAGUGAUGCGCCUGGGAAAGAGGGGUACAGGGGGGGCUUGCUGAAGCUGGAAGCCGCUGACCCCUACGUGGAGACCCCCACGAGUCCCACCUUGCAGGAUAUCCCCCAGGCUCCCAGCGACCCCUGCUCGGGCUGGGACUCCGAUACUCCCUCGAGUGGAUCUUGUGCCACUGUGUCACCUGAUCAGGUCAAAGAAAUAAAAACUGAAGGCAAACGGACUAUCGUCCGGCAGGGAAAGCAGGUGGUGUUCCGAGACGAGGACAGCACUGGCAAUGAUGAGGACAUCAUGGUGGACUCAGAUGACGAUUCCUGGGACCUCGUGACCUGCUUCUGCAUGAAGCCAUUUGCCGGCCGCCCCAUGAUCGAGUGUAAUGAGUGCCACACCUGGAUUCACCUGUCCUGUGCGAAAAUCCGGAAAUCCAAUGUUCCAGAAGUGUUUGUCUGCCAAAAGUGCCGGGACUCCAAGUUUGACAUCCGCCGUUCCAACCGCUCGCGGACGGGCUCCCGGAAGCUGUUCCUGGACUGACUGCUGGCUGGCGAGGAGGCUGCGAGCGUGGAAUCGGAAGCGACCGUGGGCUUUUUUGCCCUUCUCUUAGUUGAGCACAGAACCCUCAGCUCUGGUGCGGGCAGAUCCCUGCCAUUUAGGUGCCUAAGCAAAAGGACAGGCUGUCCAAAGUAGAAACUGUACAUAGCCGGUGACCGAAUGCGACCUUUGCCAGCCAGAGCUGCUGCCAGAGCUGCGUUCCCUGCAGUGGAGGUGGACUGGACACCCACGUGCAGCGGGUUUGGCUCAUUUGAAAAUGAGGGUCCGUGGUAGCUGUGCGUUUUGCUAUCAUUGCUAAGAGAUUCCCGCUGAUUGGGCUCAGUGCCAGCUGUUAUUCUGCUUCCACUGUGUUGGGGAGAGGUGUUCGGUUUCCCCAGCCUGUUAAUGAACAGCCAUACGUGUAAGCUUUUUCUUGAGUGUUAAGUCUUUUACCAAAAGUGUCUGUACAGCAGCCAUCCAAGUUGCCCCUACUUAGUGGCUUGCCCUCUGCCUGCCUCAGCUGCUGCCUGACCGGCUGGGGGAGGCACUGGCGGGAGGCCUCGGGCUCCCCUGGAAGGGCGCUGGGCUGGCGGGUCAGCUGGUGGUUCUUAGGUUUCCUUCUGUUUGUUAAAAGGGACAAUGUGGCCACUUCUCUGUGGAAAGGGAGUUGGUUGGGGGGUUGAGGUGGCCCGUGUUCAUAACUCAGUUUCCUGUUUUGCACGAUGUAAAAACCCUGUCUUUUUGCACGAUACAGCCAAAAGUAUAGGCUGAUUUCUUGCUGAGCGCCCUCUUAGUUGGUGUGUGAGGUCUUGGUGGGCCCAGGCCAGCUGUUUGCAAGUGUGGGAACUCAUAGGUUCUGUCCUUGUCUCUUCCUUUCACCUCAUUCUGGUAGCAGCAUAAAGGUUAGGCAAUCACUGGGACCCGCAUGGUGUUCCUCCAAAGAAUAGGGUAAAGGAGAGCUGGGAGGGAGCCCUCUCCGUUGGCGACUCUUGUGUGCCCUUUAGACAGGCUGGCCUGCCGGUUCCACAGGGCACAGUUAGGACUUGAGUCUUUCUUUUUCUGUUUUGAGUUGGUGAGUGAGUGAUAGGGUAACAUGGGCCUUCAGGAUGACCCCUUGGAACUGUGCCGAGUUCCUUAAAUCUCAGCUGGGAUCCUGGACCUGGGAGGCCCCUGUGAGGGCCAGCUCUGGAAAAACCUGGGAGUUGAUGCCGGAGGCUGUGGAAGAACUCUGCUCGAGGGCAGGGUGCCCCGGAACACUGGUAGUUCUGGGGCUGGGAGGGAGAGGGGCUCCGGCUUUCUCUGAAAUGAACACUGCUCUUCAGCAGUUCAAGUACUUGUUCUCAAAACAUUUUCUAAUUGAUUGGUAGGUUUUCAUAAGCAUUGUUUCUUUAAGGCAUGGAAAGGGAAGAAUGCUCAAGCAAGUCAUGUUUGUUUUCAGCGGGAUGGGCCCGCGUUCUCCCUGCUGGGGGCUUCCCCUUCAUGUGGCACCUUUGUGCCAGGCCACCAGGCAGACUCUUCCCACCUUCUCCCACUGAAGCACCAAGGGGCUUGAACCGUAAUUUGGCUAAUCAGAGGCAUUUUUUUUUGUCCUAGUAUCUUUCACACUUGUCCAACCGUCUUAUUUUUUAAAAGUUCUGUUGCUUGUAUUAACACGAAACUAGAGAGAAAUAGUUUCUGAAGCCAGUUUAUUGUGAAGAUCCCCAAGGGGGAGGUUCAGUAGAGAAAAAUAGUAAGCCGGUUUAGAAACUGACGAGGGCAAACAGCCAGGACGCAUUGGAGAGGAAUUUGCCAAAGAUCUACCCUGAGAUAACGCCUGUCCAGUGUCUUCACCACAUGAAUAACCAGCGCUCCAAAGUGUUUUUCUGCUUUGAAAAAAAAAAUUCCACAAGCUUUUAAAGGUGCAUUUAAGAAUCCAUGUGACUUUAGAAUGGAACUGCCGGCCCUGGCAACUGUCACGUGUGCUAGAAGGUUCGAUGCCUCUGGAAUGCAUGUGAUACUCAUCUCCAUUUUGUUUCCUUGAUUGCAUUUUUGUUCUUUUAGCAGAUCUGUCCAUGUGGGUGGUGUCUAAGAAGUCGGACACCUUGGUUUUUGUGUUAGAUUGAGCUGGGCAGCUGCAAUCAGCUUCUUUAUAUGCAAAUUAGGCACGACCCAUCUGGGGUUCCUGGUUGGUGGCUAAUGAAGUGAGGGGAGGGAGGGAUGUCACCCCAAAGGUAGGCCCUCCCAUCGGCUUUGGCCAGGCCAGACACUUCACAUCGUUUACAUGGUUCUGUGUAAUUUUAAAGUUUAUGUGUAUAAAGCGAAGCUGUUUCUGUGAAACUGUAUAUUUUGUAAAUAAAUAUAUUGCUACUUUGAGGUUCAUGA